AUGAGACAACCGGUGGUUCGGCUAGUGUGGCUUGGCAGGGUGCCAUACGCCGAGGUUCUGGCCCUACAGGAGAGUUGGCUGAAGAGGCUGCAAGCAGAGCCAGGCACACAGGUCCAGCCUGGGCUUGAGGGGGGCGCGCUCCUUCUUAGUGAGCCCGCGGGGCCUGUGUACACAGCCGGACUGCGCGGCGGCCUGACGCCCGAAGAGGCUGCACGGCUCCGGUCGUUAGGUGCCGAGGUGCGCGCCACAGGCCGCGGAGGCCUAGCCACCUUCCACGGCCCAGGCCAACUACUCUGCCACCCUGUACUCGAUUUGCGCCGUUUCGGCCUGCGCCUGCGCACUCACGUGGCAGCGCUGGAGGCCUGUGCUGUGCGCCUGUGUGAGUUCCUGGGCCUGCCGACUGCGCGCGCGCGUCCACCUCCCUAUACGGGAGUCUGGUUGGGUGAGAGCAAGAUCUGCGCAAUUGGAGUCCGCUGUGGAAGGCACAUCACAUCACACGGCCUGGCUUUGAACUGCUGUACGGACCUGAAGUGGUUUGGGUACAUUGUGCCCUGUGGGCUAGUGGGGACUGGUGUCACUUCCCUGAGUAAGGAGCUCCAGAGAUAUGUCACUGUGAAUGAAGUAAUGCCGGUUUUCCUCGAGUCCUUUAAGGAGACGUACAAGUGCACUUUGAUUUCAGAAGACAACCUCAACUGA